ACGCCUCUUCCGGCUCCCGGGCUUCGCGGCAGAUUCGUCGCCGUCCGCCCGCCGGGCCGGCCUCGCGGGCUCGAGAGUUUCAGCGGCGGCUCUGCCAGCGCGCGGGGAGCUUGGGCUCCGCGGCCUCACGCUCCAGGCCGCGAACCGCGUGCGGAACUGGGCCUCGGCGGCCGUGGCGAAUCGGCGCGGGGCAGCGGCGAGGCGAGCCCUGAGCACGCCCGGGGACUCCGAGACCGAGCGGGAUGGACCCAGCGGUCUCUGCGGUCCGGGUGGCCGUUCGGGAAGCAGUUCACACCCUGUCCUCUUGUGAGGAUGGCGACCGCGUCCUUUCCACCUUGGGAUCCCUGAAGCGGUAUCUCAGUGGCGCGGAGAGCCCAGCGCCCCCGGGGGAGCAGGAGGAGUUCGCCAGGGUGCACUUUGCCGCCGUCCUCCGGUGUCUGGCGGGCAGGCUGAGCCCCGGCUGGCUGGAGCUUGGGGCUGACGACGGGCUGGAGGAGCUGUGCGCCAGCUUCUUCCUGGAGGGCCCGGCUGACCAGGCCUUCCUGGUGCUGAUGGAGUCCAUCGAGGGUGCUGCCGGCCCGAGCUUCCGGCUGAUGAAGACCGCGCAGCUGCUGGCUAGGUUCCUGGGCGCGGGCAGGAUGGCGGCGGUGAUGGAGGGCCAGUGUCGCCGGCUGGGGGAGCCAGCCUCGCCCCUGCUCCAGGAGACGCUCCUCACCAAGGUGGUGGGCCUGCCCGACCGCCUGGCCAACCGUCUGCAGCGGGAGAACCUGGACGCGUUCCUGCCCCAGAAUUACUUCCCUCUGCUGGCCGAGGAGAUGGUGCGCGUGCUGCAGGCGGUGGUGGACUCCCUCCGAGCUCGUCAUCGGUUCGUGGCUCUUAAAGGGUGUCCGCGCUGGCCUGGAAGCGUGUCGCGCCGCAGGCCUGGAAGCGUGUCGCGCCGCAGGCCCGGAAGCGUGUCGCGCCGCAGGCCCAGGCCUUCCGUCUUCCGGGCCGCGCCGCGCUCCUGCUCUGAGGCUCACAGCCCCGAACUCUGCGCUUGGGCAGAGCUGGGAGGGGACGUCCUCCUGCGGGAGGCGCCGCUGGCCCAGGCGUCCCUGCGUCCUGGGACCGAGUCUGAGCUGAAGCAUGGGCCCCACACUCCCAGUGAUCUGGAGUUCAUGCUUUUCUCUCUCCACCCCUCCCCGCCGACUGUGCCCCACAGGCCUGAAGUCCUCUCGCGGCUCUUGGGGAACCUGGUGAUAAAAAAUAAGAAGGCCCAGUUCGUGAUGACCCGGAAACUCCUGUUCCUCCAGUACCACCACUCGACGCCCAUGCUGCAGAGCCUGCUGGGGUACCUGGCUGCGGACAGCCAGCGGCGCCCGCUCCUCGUACAGGCGCUGAAGGGGCUCCUGGAGACGUGGGGCAGCGCCAGUGCCAUCCGCCACGCGCCUCUGGAGCAGCAGCGCUACCUCAGCAAGGCCGUGCUCAUCUGCCUGGCGCGCCUGGGGGAGGCGGAGCUCCGGGACAGCCGAGACGAGCUGCUGGCUAGCCUGAUGGCGGGGGUCAAGAGCCGCCUGGACAGCAGCCUGCCUGUCGUGCGCCGUCUGGGUAUGAUCGUGGCUGAGACUGCCAGCGCCCGGCUCCACCCCGAGGGGCCGCCCCUGCGGUUCCAGUAUGAGGAGGACGAGCUGAGCCGGGAGAUGCUGGCCCUGGCGGCCCCCCCGCCUGCGGACGACAGCCCCGUGGAGGCGAGCCCUGCUGUCGCUCCAGAGGCGGCAGAGACCCCCGGCAGAGGGAGCGGAGAUGGUGGUGUCGCCCAGGCCCCGCCGGAGGGCUCAGGCUCUGACCUGGACAGUGAUGACGAGCUCGUCCCCUACGACAUGUCUGGGGACCAAGAGCUGAAGAGGAGCAAGGCGCCCACCUACGUCCGGGACUGCCUGGAAGCCCUGACCUCGUGCGAGGACUGGGGGCGCUGGGAGGCGGCCCUGCGGGCCCUCGAGGGCUUGGUCAUCAGGAACCCUGCUGCAGCACGCGAGGUGAGCGUGGAGCUGGCCAAGGUGCUGCUGCACCUGGAGGAGAAGACGUGCGUGGAGGGCUUCGAGGGGCUGCGCCAGAGAGCCCUGGUGGCCGUCGUGGUCACAGACCCGGCCCCGGUAGCGGAGUAUCUGACGACACAGUUCUACGCCCUCAACUUCAGCCUCCGACAGCGCAUGGACAUUCUGGACGUCCUGACUCUGGCUGCCCAGGAGCUGUCUCGGCCUGGCCGCCUCCCCAAGGCCCCCCAGUGUGGCCCCCCGGGCCCCGCGCCCCCACCCGGCAGCACCGUGGCCCCUGCGUGGCGCACGGUCGUGGAGGAGCGGAUCAGAAGCAAGACCCGGCGGUUCUCGAAGGGCUCUGCCAGGCGUGGGCGGGAUGCCGGCCCCAACCAGUUCAACGUGGUGGCUGGCUACUUCUUCUUCCCGCUCCUGCGGCACUUCGACAGACCUCUGGUGACCUUUGACCUUUUGGGAGACGACCAGCUGGUCCUCGGGAGGCUGGCCCACACCCUGGGGGCCCUGAUGUGCCUGGCCGUGAACACCGCGGUGGCAGUGCCCAUGGGCAAGGCCCUUCUGGAGUUCGUGUGGACUCUUCGCUUCCACGGUGAUGCUUACGUGCGCCGGGGCCUGCUGUCCGCUGUGUCCUCCGUCCUCCUCAGCGUCCCGGGAGAGCAACUGCUGGCCGACCUGCCCGACGAGCUGCUGGAGGCCCGGUCCUGGCUGGCGGAUGUGGCUGAGCGGGACUCGGACGAGGACUGCAGGACGCUGGCCAUCCAAGCCCUGCUGCUUCUGGAGAAGCUGAGAGACCGGCUGCUCGCCCUGGCCGCUCCUUAGUCCUCGCGGGAGGGGCCCCGCCAGCAGCCCGCGACAGGGCCUGGGGAGGGAGGGGCCCCUGUGGGCUGAUCCUCAGCCUGUCCCCAAGCCCUUUCGUCACUAGAACGCAGAAGACUUUAAAAAGCAACAAAAACGAAGAAUAAAAAGGAGCCGCAGGUGCUCAAGCCCACU